UUAUUAUGUUUGUGGAAUAUUGGUGGAUGAUUGUGGUGUAUUAUGUAAAGUGUUUUUAUUUGCUAUUUUAUCAUAAAUAAAUGAAUAUAAUUAAUAAUUAUUACAUAAUGGUAUUAUUAUUACUCAAUAGAUGUUCCUGAUGUAGUAACUGUGUUGAAUUAUGCUUUAAUAUGCAAUUCAACAAAUAUAUAGUGUAGAAUUGAUAAAUUGCUGAUUUUUAGGUUGUCAGUUCUUGGUUGCUAUUAUACGCAUACAGUAGAUUGUUCAUCUUUUUCUAAUUGCUGCGUUGAAGACAGUCGAAAACGGGCCAAAAAGCCUAGGUCAUGUAAUAUGCGCCUACACGAAAUGUUUAGCUGAGGUUCAGAAUAAAAUAUGUAUUUAAAAAAACGGUUGUAGUAUACAAGCCGCGGCGGAGACACGUGUUGAGCAACAAAGUUUGAAGAAUAAAUAAAGCAAUCUUAUAAUCAAAACUCGAAACAAACAUGAUUUAUUUUAAAGCGAUCUUCGGUGUGGUCUCUCUGGUUUUGGCUGUGGCGACGAGAACUGUACAAGCACCAUUGACGUCUCCGUGUCCUGAGUAUUUCACUUACGAGACAUCCCCAUCGACACCAGAUCGGUGGCAUGGCGUAUUAGUGCUGCCUCCUGAAAUGGUCGAAGACUACUUAUGGAUUUACAUCGCAUUGAAUCGCAAAAUUCAUGUGUUUGGCAGCGACAGCGGGACUACCUCGACCGAAAACUUUCAAGAAUUCUUAAUCGAUAAAAAAAAAUAUUUCAACUUUGAUAGUGCAAAGAGUGAAGAAACUAUAAGGUUUGUUACGUCCUACGAUUAUGCCCAGCCGAUACCGCGCGUCAAGAUUAUAAGAGUCAAUGGACGCGAAAUAUGCAGAGACAAUAAUACGACACAAGUCGGAAACGAGAUAAGCUUUCCGACGCGCCCCGAGCUUCCGAAUAUGCUGCUUAUAUCAAAAUUGAAUGCAACCGGCUAUACUCCCGAGUUUUUGUCAAUUUUCCAAAACUCAACCUCUGGAGUUGCGCGAUAAAGUGCAUUUUCGACUUUAAAUACUUGAACUGUGUAUUAUUAUUAUUAACUAACGUUGCAUUAAACAAUAAAAUUUGGUACAUACUUCA